AUGGCGGACACGGAGGAGAACCCGCUCCUCUCCAGCACCAGAGCUUCCGAUACGAGCCCGCAGGUCCAGCUCCACCCGCUCGUGCUGCUCACCGUCUCCGACUACAUCACGCGCCACACUCUUCGCCAGCAGUCUGGCCCCGUUGUGGGUGCCAUAAUAGGCCAACAAAAUGGGCGCGAGAUCACCAUGGAAGUCGCCUUUGAGGCUAAGCUGCUCGCCGACGACGAUGGCGAGGUCCGCAUUGAUGACGCCUGGUUCGGCGAGCGCCUGGAGCAAUAUAAGACUGUUUUCAAGUCUCCGCCCUUGGAUCUUGUCGGCUGGUUCACUCUGGGUGCUCCCACCGGCCCGGCGCCCCAUCAUCUUGCCAUCCAUGAGUACAUCCAGAAUGUCCAUAAUGAGUCCGCGUUGCUACUCUUGUUCCACCCGGAGUCAGUACUCGAGGGCAACGCAACCGGCGGCAAACUCCCGCUUACCAUCUACGAGAGUUUGUGGGAGGGCGGUGUUGGCAAUGAUAAGGCUACGAGCAUGGAGAUCGAUAGCGGUGCUACCAGCCAGGCAAAACAGCAGAAGUUUCGGGAGUUGACAUACUCAGUGGAGACAGGAGAGGCAGAGAUGAUUGCUGUGGACUUUGUGGCAAAGGGCGGUGGUAAUGCGACGGAUGUCGACCAGACUAGGAAGGGUAGCGUUGCUCCAGGCAAUGGCGCUGGCAAGGGCAAGAACAAGGGCAAGGCGAAGGCCGAUGUGGAGAGCGCAGAGCUCGAUGACGACGACCACGUGCCCUUAACUGCCGAGGAUGAAGAACUCCUCGCUUCUCUUACCGCAAAGUCCAAUGCAAUCAAGAUGCUCGGCGCUCGCAUCAACCUACUUCAAGCCUACCUAUCUGAGCUUCCGCCCUCCUACCUUACUGACGCUCAAAUCUCUCAAUCGAAGAACCCGACUGAGCGGCCCAACCACGAGAUCCUACGCGCUAUCCAAGCCCUUCUCUCGCGCCUUCCGCUUCUUGCACCUCCGGAUCGCGCACUCUUAGCACGCGAGGCAGUCCAGCAGCGCGCCGACGUGGAAUUGACCAACAUGCUCGCUAGCAUUACAGGCUCUCUCGGAGCUGCUAGCGAGCUCGGCAAGAAGUUCGCGAUCAUUGACACGGCGCGUAAUAACCGCAGGGGUACCGGCGGUAUUGGUGGACCUUUCAGCAUGGGCGGCCGUCCGCCUUUCGACAUGGACGGUAGCGGUGGGGCCGGAUUCUUCGAUACCCCGAUAGGUGGUGGCAGUGCUGCGGGCAAGCGUUCCUCUCGGUUGAAAUGUCGGGAAAAGGCGAGCAAUACAAAGCAUCGUCUGAGGAACGCUAUGGACAAGACUAUGACCAAGGAUUCGAAGGCGGAAUACCACGACUUGUAA